AUGGCUUCAGAUACGACCACUGCGGGGGAUGCUUCGGCAGUACCUGCGGAGGAAGCUCCUCGCACAGUAGUCCUCCAUGUUCUUUCUCCCUCUCUCGAGAACCGGCUCACCUUCGACAAUCUUCCUCUCACGACCACUGUCGGGGCUCUCAAAGAGCGCAUUACACAGUCGAUUCCGAGCAGACCCUCUGCGGCCCAGCAGAGGCUGAUCUAUCGUGGAAAAGCUCUCCUGGAUGACAAUGUGACGCUGCAAAACAUACUUGAACCGCCGACUGACCCAGUACAUUCGCUCCACCUCGUCCUUCCACCUAGGCAAUCCGCAUCUAGCAGCGCAAAUACAUCUGCUAGCGCUAGCUCCAAUCCUCCUGCUGGAGAAUCUCCAGCCGCCCCUGGAUCACGAAAUCCUCCGUCCUUGAAUAUGCCGCCUUCCCAGAACAUCUUUCGGACUACUCAAACCUUUCGUUUCAGAACGACUUUGAAUCAGCCUGCUACUGCCACUCCGCCUGGCCAAUUAGACUUGGAUCUAGCAAAUGCUACAGAGUCUCUGCUGCGCAAUCUUGAGACUCUUCGUCGGCAGCUUGAAAGUCAGACCCAAGCUAGAAGGCAGCAGCAACAGCAGCAACAGCAACAACAGAACCAGUCGAUACUCGCUACAGGUCGCUCUCCUGGGCUUUCGAACAAUUCUCCGUUUCAAUCCCUACCGUCUCAUCUGCGCCCGUUCGCUCCCUCACCACCGCCUGGCAAUAAUUUGCACCCACCCGCUGGUGGAGGUUUCCAAUCGAUGCCAAACUUUUCCAUGUCCUCAAAUACAAGGGGCCCAGCUUCCACAGGCAAUUCUGAUCCCAUCUUCGGAGCCCAAACUGCUCUGCAGUCUCUAGAGAUGGAAACCAGGCGUUUGAGACUUUUCGCCCUACAGCAACAGGUUAGCGCAUUUGAAGGUCAAAUUGCCAGAGGAAUCCCUCCACCAAUCGAUAGCAUUAUUUCCGUUCGAAACCAGUUAUACAGUAUCAUUGAUGAUCAAUAUCGCAACGUCAAUGCACCAAGGGAUGGUCAGGCUGAGGCACUGCUCUCGCGCACACUGAACGUUUACGUCCGUGCCGAUCAACUCCGAGUACUCCAAGCGCGACGGGCCGUCGCUGUCCAGGCGGAUGGCGCCAAUCCUGCAACAGGCAAUGGACCACAAUAUCCACUCUACCUGCUUGCGUCUCCUUCUGGCUAUCAAGCGGUGCUGGUUUCGCCCGCGGGCCUAGCGGUACUGCAACCCUCUCCGACUGUUACGGUGCCACAACAGACAUCCAGUAUGCCGGCUGGUGUAAGACAAGAUCCCGCUCCGGUGAUACCUCCAAAUCCUGUCCAGCCUGCGAUGGAGAACGUUGUUAGACAAGCCGUCCUCAACCAGGCAGCCGAAAAUAAUCAGCAGGAUGUGGUCGCUCGGAACGCGAGACGUGUUUGGCUGUUCAUCCGACUGUACUUUUUCUGCUACCUCUUCAGCGAAUCUGGGACAUGGUCGAGGUUUAUCUUCGUCACAUUAGCGAUCUUGAUCUCUCUUCUCUCCGAGACUGGGUUUCCUCAGCGUCUUCACAGGGCGAUCGUCGAUCCAGUGCAACGACACCUGGAGGGACUUGUCCACGCAGGCGGUGAGGAGCCAGUGCGGCCAACGGGCAAUAACGGCAAUGAAGCGGAUCUCCGUGCAAAUAGACCCGGUCUGAAUGGGAACCUGGCUCCGCCGGCUGCGAAUCGUGAAGCCCAGCGUCCGAUCAUUCCUGCAGAAAUGCAGCAGGGUCUUAGACGUGUGGAGAGAGCUGUAGCGUUGUUUAUUGCCAGUCUGGUGCCUGGAGUGGGAGAGAGACAUGUCGAAGUGAGGAACGCCGCUGCUGAGGCCGCUCGCAACGCAGAACGUGCACGCGAGGAAGAACGGCGUCGAAACGAAGAGCGGGUCGGCGAGUCCGGCGGCGCUAAUAACGAGCAAGCGCAAGCUUCAGAAGGCUCCUCGGCACAGAAUAGAAAUUCCACUACAGCGAUACCCCGGGAUGAUGCAGCUGGACGAGACUAG